GCAGAGACACCGCGCGCUCACUCUGUCACUCUGCCUAAACCUCACUCCCCUGCUUCAAACCCCAGCCGCCGAAUCUUUUCGACUUUCCCUCCAUUCCCCCCUCGCCUCCCCCUUCCCCGCGCGAUCGAUCGCUCCUCUUAUCCACUCCAGAGAUCGAUCGGCUCUUCUAUCCAGUGCGGAGAUCAAUCGAUCGGUCGGGGUUGAGUGGUAGCGGUCAGUGAUCGAGCAGCAGCGAUCGAUCCGCCUAGCAUGUCGCCGGAUUCCGACAAGGUGGAGGUGGAAGCGGAGGUGGAGGCGCCGGACGCCGAGGAGUGCACCGCCUCCGGCGACCCCAAGGCCUGCGCCGACUGCUACACCACCAAGACGCCGCUGUGGCGCGGCGGACCCACCGGACCAAAGUCGCUGUGCAACGCGUGCGGGAUCCGGUACCGGAAGAGGCGGAGGGUGGCCAUGGGGCUGGACCCCGAGGCCAAGAGGAAGCCCAAGAGGGACGAAGCCGCCGCGGCCGCCGCCGCGGCUCAGGAAAACGACGAGGUUGACGGUGGCGGCAAGCCCCGCGCCCCCGCCGCCAAGACGCAGACCGUGGAGCUGCACAUGGUCGGGUUCGCCAAGGACGCCGUGCUCAAGCAGCGGCGCCGGAUGCGGAGGAGGAAGCGCUCCUGCCUCGGCGAGGAGGAGCGGGCCGCCAUCCUGCUCAUGGCGCUCUCCUCCGGCGUCAUCUACGCCUGAUCGCCAGCUUUCUUGGACCGAUCCUCCUGCGCGAGGAAGAAGAUGAUGAUGAGGGAGCGUCGUCCGGCAAUGCUCCAUGUAGCCGCAAGUUAAUAAUCAUGUCAUGACAUGACAUGAUUUAGUAGUAGCUUAGAUGUCCGUCCCUGUUGCUUACUGUUCUUUCGUUCCUAGCUCCAGUAGUAGUAGUACCUAGUAAUGUUGCUGCUAAUGUAAUGUGUUUGCUAUAAUGUGCCAUCUGACUUUGCAAUGUAACAACAAUGGGGAUGAAACCAAUGGAUCGUGCCUGUUUGUGUUUCC